CUUCUGCCGGAGCCGGAGUUUAGUAGAAAGACCGUAUCGUAUGUCAUCGAUGGUUUGUGCUGGUGUUGGGUUGCAGCUGUGGUAUCUUGCAAACCCUGGACCUCCAGCUUCGACCUCACCUCUUUCUAUCAUCAUCGACCCUCGCUAUUCCAUCCAUCCUGCCUGUGCCCAUCAGCUAUUGCUUAAAGUCAUCCAUAACGACUCCAAGGUAAAUAGAUCCGGUACUUCCGCCUUCUCACUCAGUCUGGGCAACGUCCUCAGCAUGGUUACCCUGGUGCCCAGAGAUAAGCUGAUGAGUACCUAGCAUCAUGGUAGGGCUCUUCCCAAGCUCGCAGGCCGUCUACCAGGCCUUUUGCCCGACUUCACCAUAUUACAAGCCUACAGCGGAGCCUUCCGCCAAGCUAAGCGAACACCCUCAGAAGCGUCCCCUCUUCCAAUCUUGGAGUGCUGCCGAUACUGCGAAGGAGGUCGGUCACGCAGCUCAAGAGAAGUACACUGAGGCGAGUCAAAAGGCUCAAGCAAAAGUGGGAGGUAUCGAGCUCUAUUCGGCCAAGUACUAUGCUGCUUGCACCGUGGGAGGCAUCUUAGCAUGUGGCACCACUCACACCGCAGUCACACCUCUGGAUUUGGUCAAAUGUCGACGCCAAGUCGAUCCCAACCUCUACAAAGGUAAUUUCGAGGCAUGGAGAAAGAUUGGCAAGGCCGAGGGCAUUCGCGGUAUCUUUACCGGUUGGGGCCCAACAUUCGUGGGAUACUCCGUCCAGGGUGCUGGCAAGUAUGGAUUCUACGAAUACUUCAAGCACUUGUAUAGCGAGUUGGCCGGAGAGGAGGCUGCAUCCAAGUACAAGACCAUCCUCUACUUGUCGGCGUCUGCCUCUGCAGAAUUCAUCGCCGAUGUAGGUCUCUGUCCUUUCGAGGCUGUCAAAGUCCGAAUGCAAACCACUAUCCCACCCACUUUCACUGGCACCAUGCAAGGUAUCUCGUCCAUUACUGGCAAAGAAGGCGUCGGCGGUCUGUACAAGGGUUUGUACCCUCUCUGGGGUCGCCAGAUCCCAUACACCAUGAUGAAAUUCGCGUCUUUUGAGAACAUUGUGACCGCUAUUUACAAUUAUCUUCCUGGCCAAAAGUCCGACUACAAUAAAGGAGCCCAGACUCUUGUGGCUUUUACCGGUGGUUAUCUUGCUGGUAUUCUUUGUGCUAUCGUUUCCCAUCCUGCCGACGUCAUGGUGAGCAAAUUGAACGCCGAUCGUGCUCCUGGUGAAAGCUUUGGCGGUGCCAUGAGUCGUAUCUACUCCAAGAUUGGAUUCUCCGGUUUGUGGAAUGGUCUUCCAGUGAGAAUUGUGAUGAUCGGUACCUUGACUGGCUUGCAAUGGAUGAUCUACGAUUCGUUCAAGAUCUUUAUGGGAUUGCCCACCACUGGUGGCGGCGACGAGAAGAAGACGGCCAAGGCCUGAACUCUUGGUACACGCGCUGUGGUCCCGAAGCCAAGUUUGGGCGGCCAGAGAUGAUAUUUGUACAUGCGAUACUUUGGCAGAGGUAGCUAGUCAACUGGGUUCGAAUUCAACGACCUCACGGGGUGAUGAAGUGUACGUAUGAGGUUAGGACGUGUUCCUUUUGCUGCACAUGUGUCACCCAAUUGGCACUAUUCGUAAGCUACGAUACCUUCCUAG